UCGCCAUGUUGAAGAGCUUAACAUCUCCAACUUAAAAAUUUGCGUUACAUAAUUUAAGAAUAUAGUAUAUGGUACAAAUCAAAUUUUUGCUUCGCCAUACCACUGCCUGCAAAUUCAUUAAAUCUUUUAUAACAAUAAAAAAUUUAAAGAAACAUUUAAGUAGCUGUAAAUGUCAAAACAAUUUAAUGAGCAUACCACGGCCUUAGAAGUAGUUGAUGGUGUUGAUUUAAAAGGAUAUGAAGUAAUUGUUACUGGUGGUAGUUCAGGUAUUGGUGUUGAAACUGUUAGAGCUUUAGCAAAAGCUGGUGCCAGAUGUGUUUUAUGUUGCAGAGACAUAAGUAAAGGUCAGAUAGUUGCUGAUGAAAUUAUUGCAUCAACCGGAAAUGAUUUAGUUGAAGUUGAAAAUUUGGAACUGGAUUCCUUAGAUAAUGUAAACAGAUUUGUAGAAAGGUAUCUCGCUAAAAAUAGACCAUUACAUAUUUUAGUUAAUAAUGCUGGAAUCAUGGCUUACCCUUUAUCAUAUACUGUAAAUGGAUUUGAAUCUCAGUUUGGUGUCAAUCAUUUAGGUCACUUUGCAUUGACUAUUGGUUUAUUACCAGCACUUAAGGAAGGAGCAAAAGCUUUAAAUAAAAACUCCAGAGUUAUUAACGUAUCAGCAACUUUGCAUGUAUUAUCAAAUAUUGAUUUUGACGAUAUAAACUAUUUAAAAGGACGAGUGUAUGAUCCUAUUAAUGCUUAUGGUCAAUCAAAAACAUGCAAUUGUUUGUUUUCUGUAGCCUUAACAAAACGAUAUAAAGAUUCUGGUAUUGUUUCUAAUUCAUUGAUGCCUGGGGUUAUUAUGACAAACUUAGCAAAGCAUUUAAGUAAAGAAACUUGGAUUGAAAAAGGUUGGAUGAAUUCUGAUGGUACACCAAGGGUAAAGCUAAGAUCUGCUGAAGCUGGGGCUUCCACGACUGUUUGGGCUGCAGUUUCCAAUGAAUUAGAAGGUAAAGGCGGAUUGUAUUUAGAGAAUUGUGCCAUUGGUAAAGAACUUUCAACUGCAGAGGAGGUACUAUCAAAUACUCUUGGAUAUUUAUCAUUUAUAAUGGAUGAAGAUGCCGCUGACAAAUUAUGGGUUGUCUCUGAAGAAUAUAUCAAGAACAAAUCUCCUUAACAUUUAUCUCCUUAAUAUUUUUUAACCUAUGUCAUGAUUAAGUUAAGAAAUCUCAAUUUUUUAUGA